AUGGUGUGACUGGCCAGUUAAGCUUUCUGACAUCCUUCUGUCUCACUAGAUCACAGUUGUUGAUGGAUGCUGUGGGCGAUUCUCUCCGCAGGGGGCUACCUGGGGGCGAGGGGUCAGUUCUAUAAUCUCCACUAUAGAAGAUCAAAUUUUGGGCUGUUCUUACAGUUUGGCUGUUGAGGUCCUGCCACAAUCCAUCCACUUCCAUCAUCUCACUAUCUGAUUGCCGUUUUAGUGGGUGAUCUAUGAUGAUGUGACCGGCCAGUUAAGCUUUCUGACAUCCUGCUAACAGAUCGCAAGCCUGGCCAUUGGGGCUUCUGGGGGGGGGGGACACGACGACGAUGGUGGUAAUAAAAGCUAUGGGGCCAAGGGCUGGACACUGAAACACCAGGCAUCUCCUUCCUUCCAAGAUGUGGAGAAUCCAACAGCCUCCCCACCUCUUCCUCCUCCUCCUGUCCUCCUCUCUGGUCGAACCAGGUGAGUUCAAAGACACACCCCACCUCUGCUGAACUGAGUUCUGCUAUUCCUCUGGGCCAAGCCAAUCUCAUUCCUUCCAUUCCUGAUGCUCAGGCUGCCCUUUGCAGGAGGUUUGUAAGCAGAGGCAGGGCUCAUAAUGCUACAAUGGCAAAGCCCUGCUUCAUGGAUCCUGCAAGGAGAAGCGGGUUGGGCUAUAGGACCUUGGAGACCCCUUCCAACUCUGACAAUUCUUCAUUUUCCAGAGUGAAGGUUUAUGGGGGGCGCGCGCGUUAAGUCUGAAUUGUACAUUAGACUCCUUCUAAACUCAUGAUCCUGUAUACUUGAGGUAAAACCAGUAAGAGGAAACUCGUUCCUUUGUUAUAGUCAUGGCUUUGGCUGGCCAGUUAAGCACUGCGAUUUACAAGUCCAGGGUGGCCCUUUUCCCUCCUCGUCUGGUUGGGGGUGGGGAAGAACAACAGGUUGAGGUGUGUGCUGUGCACGUGCGUAAGUUUUGUUGUCUGUUGGUUCAAGGGAAAAUAUGUACAAAAUACAGAAAAGAGAACUCCAGGAUGCCAAGAUCCAUGUCUGAGGCAAGUACUCUGGUGAGAAAGCCCCAGAGAUUUAAAAUUGCAAGAUACACAGCAAAGUAUAGCAUAGAAAUAUAGGAUGUUAGAGCUUUAAAAUUUGCCCUGAUGAGUUCCAAAACCUCCCUCUUGGCAUAAGAAAAGGACCACACAUGUAGUAAGUUAAAAAUGUUUUACUUACAAACUCUCCAAAGGUCAGAUUCAUGUGCAUGUCCAUACAUCAGAAAGGCUGCAUGGACAGUAACACUUAGUUUAAUUCCAAAGUGGUGAAAGUUCCUAAAUGAUUGGUAUUGGAUCUUGAGAGUGGCUUGUGAGAGCAACCAGCUUAACAUUUUCACACACUACGUUCAUCAGGUAGACUGGGGAGGGAACAAAGGCUUGAUUACCUAGUUGCUCCGGUGGUGAGGGGAAGUGCCCUUAGUUAAACCUGACAGGACAGCUUACUCUAUGGUAUCCACCCCUUCAUACAUUCACUAGGUUUAAACAUGUUUGUUAUAUGAGGCUGAUUAUUACACUAAUUUUUGGCUGAUGCUGGAAGCUGGAGAGAUAGAGGUUUGCAUUGCUCUGUGCCAGAAAUCGGGCUUCCCUGGAACCCUAAUGAGAAAGCAAGAUUUAUGGGUUGGUUCUGCUGAUGUUCAUUUCAAGGAAACUCAGCGCUGGGUUAAGCGAAGGGAUCCCUGGAGUCACUUGAUGCUCAGAGAUUGGGGUAAACAAUAUCUGUAACUGCAUGUGCAGACAUCCCAUUUCCAUUCCCCUGCUCCCUUCCCUUCAUUAACUCCCUGGCAAAGACGAUUGUAAGCUGACUGGGGUGCUGUCGUUUUUCUGCUUUGCAAAGAUGGAUGGUACCCAUAAGCUAAUAAGGGGGCCGUGGAAAGCCGCUGAUCUCCUCUUAUGAUUCUUACAGCUCUCUUGCGGAGUCGCAUAAUUGGAGGACAUGAAGCUGUACCUCAUUCCCGACCCUACAUGGCAACACUCAAAUCUGAAUUUGGCUUUGGGUGUGGUGGGUUCCUUGUGGCACCCCAGUGGGUAAUGACAGUAUCUGAAAGCCCUCCCUGAUGUGUAGCAGUGGCCUUUCAUUCCAUUUGCAAAUUGUUCCCCAUGAUACUUGAUGCAGGAGGAACAUCUUAAGGCAGUAAAAUCUUUAGGCAGAAAAGAGAGUCGAGAAGGCACCUUUCUGACAUGCAGGAGAUCCAAAGAACAGGUGGAGGAAGGCUUAGUGAAACAAAUGCAUAUCUCAGCGAAAAUAACCUAUAUAAGCAUAUUAUAUAUGGGGAAAUGGCAGAAUUGCAUAUAAAAAUGUGCAUAUUAGGACACAUUCACCCUAAAAUGCUGAUGAAUUUUGACAAGGGCUUUUUUUAAAGCAACAUAAAUACUGCAAACUGAUGUGGAAAUGUGAAGAACUGAAUUUAAGAUUGGAAAGAUGAGAAACUGAGGAAAAUCAAAAUUGGCCGAUUCCCCACCCUUCGGACCCACCCAAGAGAGAACAAUAGCUAAGGAUUAAUUCCAGGUUCUCUGAUGCUCUUGGAUUCCAGAGACAUGACGGUCGUCUUGAGGGCGCUCGAUCGUUCCGCCAUUGAGGACACUCAACAGGUGAUUGGCAUUGAGUCAUACCACAUGCACCCGGAAUAUAAUGACGUAACGGUCUCAAACGACAUCCUUCUGCUCAAGGUGAGUUGCUCUAAGCUCCCUCUUUCUCAGCACCUCAGAAGGCAGGGAUCACGAGGAAGAAGGAACAUGAAUGAGCCCCAGCCCGCCGUCCAACUCUGCCCAAAGUAUCAUAAAAGCCGAUUCUCAAAUCUUGCCGCCUGACACAUCUGCAUGUGUCUCACCAGGGACUAGCGGCAUGGAGCAGGCGACUAAACUGGAACCUCAUUAAGGAGUUUCAACUUCAAAACUAGGAAGGUAGAUUAAUACAGGGACAUUUCUCUCCCCCCCCCUUCAAAAAGAUUAAUUCAGGAUGUUACAGAUUACACCAACAAUGGAGGUCUAUAUCAGGGGUGGGGAACAUCAGGAAUGGUAGUCAAAUGUGCCCCCCCCGUCUCUUUGCCUGGCCCAUGGCAUUCUCCCCAGGCCAAAAGCUAUUGCCAGCCCUUCUCUGCAAUCUGAGUUCUUUUAUUAUCUUGAAUUCUGCUAAUGUUUCUAGUUUGCCUGGAUGAAGGGUGAAGUGAAGUCUAUCUAUCCAAGCCAGCUUACUUUUGAAAGUUAAACUUCCUUUUGGUGCUUCUCCCUCUUUUGCCUCUGCCCCGCCCACCACUCACAUGUGGCCCUUGGAAGGUUUCUCGGGGAGGAGCGAGGCCCUUGGGCUCCCCACCAUUCUGCCCCCUCAAAAAGCAGUCAAAAAGAAAUGAUGCUAUCCCUGCUAUUGCCUGCAAAGAUGACACACGUUUCCAUAAAAAUUCCUUAUGGCCAUUUCUGUGUGUGAGAGGCAAACUGAAGGUGGUAAAGUGCCCUGUAAACAAAGCAAAACCCAGGUAUAGGACCGCCUUCUCACACUUUGGGGUCUGAGCAGAAGUCUCCAGGAUUCCCUGACGCCCUCCAGGCGGCAGGUGGAAGGUUGAAUCUCCAGGGGGGCAAAAGUGCCUUUAACAAAAAUAUACAUAGAAAUAUUUAGAAGACCCUGCAUGUCACUUGCAAGCUUCAGCCCAGCAAGAGCUGGCUGCAAAUGAUAGCCCAUACCUUUGGGGUGGGAUCUGCCCUCCUCUUCUUGCCUCUCCCAAUUAACUUCCAUCUCAGGGGCUUCCCAUAUGACAGGGGCGCCUUACUCUCUGCAGCCUCUCUUUGCCUUUUGGGUCAGGCUUGCCCCGGGGAUGGAGCAGCCGCGGCCGGCAGCCCCUCUCUGCACAUGGGGCAGCCCAGUUGAGGAGAGGGCAGCAGCUCUCUGCCGCUGACUCUCCAUUCACACACCGAAGCAGGGGGAAGGGGACAGACCUGGUCAACCCCCCACCAGAAAACACACCUGGUGGAUAGCGGGCUGAGUGGCUCUGGCGGGGCUGAGUGUGACGUCAUGGGCAUGUGGUGCUCCCCCCCCCCCACAACUCCGUGUGCCUGCCAGAUGACGUCAUUGGGGGCUGCCCUGACUUCUCAGGUUUGGGCCCUGAAAUCUCAAGGUCUGAAAUGCUGCUGACCUGGCAACCCAAACCCCAGCAAAGUCCUGAGGCUCUGCCAUGAUUGCAGCUUGAUACGACUUCCAAAGGAAGAAUAAAAUUACCAUAAAUUUUGCUCUAUAAGACUCACUUUUUCCCUCCUAAAAAGUAAGGGGAAAUGUGUGUGCAUUUUAUGGAGCGAAUGCAGGCUGCGCAGCCAUCACUGAAGCCAGAACAGCAAGAGGGAUUGCUGCUUUCACUGUGCAGCGAUCCCUCUUGCUGUUCUGCCUUCUGAGAUUCAGAAUACCUUUUUUUUUUCUUGCUUUCCUCCUCCAAAAACUAGGUGCGUCUUGUGGUCUGGUGUGUCUUAUAGAGCGAAAAAUACGGUAAUUGCUGCCCCCAUCAAAGAAAACAAUGGCCCAGAACUUCUAGAGAACUUUAUUUUCUGGCCCCUUGCCCCACCUCUCCAUUGACAAAAUGCCACCCCCAGUUUGUUCCUUCCAUCACAUGUCAAGGAGAUAAAUAACUACACAUCCAAAGGCAGUCCUGAAUAGGGAAGUUUUUAAUGUUUGAUGUUUUAUUAAGCUUUUAUAUCUGUUGGAAUCCGCCCGGUCAGGUGGACAAGGUACUACUAUUGUUAUUGUUACUGGCAAACAGGGUGGUGAUAUUUUGUGUGUCUGCAGAUUUACCUUGGCACUUAGCUCUAAGAACUAUGUCUCACACACAUUCAUUCUUCUGCAUUUCCAUUCUCACGAGGACCAGCAACCUGCUUGCUUUUAAUCAGAGACGUAUACUCCCCUCCUGCCGCAGCUGCUGUCCCUCCAUCAAAGCAACCCACAUUCCAAAGGCCUGAGUUCCAUCCCAGGUCCCUGGGAGGAGAGGGUUGGACUAGAGGACCUUGGAAACCCCUUCCAACUCCAACAGUUCCUUUGGUCCAUCUGGCUGGGUGUUGUCUACACUGACUGGCAGAGGAACGCCAGGUCUUCAGACGGAGGAAAUUCUCUGUCCUGCCUGGAAAGAGGGCCCACCUUGAAAGAGGGACCGAUGAGCUAUGGCUCUUUCUCUAGAAAUAAUGAAACCCUUGAUUUGUCAGUAAAAAGCUUUGAAGCAAUAAUGGACGUUCCCAGAAUGAAGGUCCACCUAGAUCAGUGUUGUUGGCACUGACUGACAGCAGCUCUUCAGAGUUUCUGUUUCAUAGAAGGGUCUCUCCACAGCUGAGCCGUGGGUUGAACCUGGGACCUUCUGCAUGCAGAGCAGGUGCUGCACCUGCUGAGCUACAGGGACGGGGGGGCGGGGAUGUGUGUGUUCCAGGGAAGACUUUGUUUUGCAAGGGAGAUUGCUUGACUCUUCUCCUUCACCUUCCUGCAGCUGGUCCACAAGGCUACUCUGAACAAAAACGUCCAGAUUAUUCCCCUGCCCACAUCUAGCAGCGACCUCCCCAAUGGGACCCCCUGCAGCCUGGCAGGAUGA